AAAAUAAAGAGGCUAGAAUGCAAUAAACACAUUAGAGGUUCCAUUUCCACGUGCAGGCCUGAGAGAGGCACAGCAGCAGCUGGACGGACCAGAAAAGUUAGAGGCUGACACACGAGGAACGAGGGGAAGGAAGAGACACAGUGGUGACAUUUUAAUGUUAGAGCGUUUAGCUCAUUUGAACCACCAGGAACGCAUCAAAUACCAUCUUAAAUAUGGCAGAAAACAAUUUUCCACCGCUCCCAAGGUUUAUUCCAUUGAAGCCCUGUUUUUACCAGGAUUUUAAUGAGAUUCCAGAACCCCACAAAGUCCUGGCAAAACGCAUUUACUACCUUUGGAUGCUGAACAGCAUCACACUUGCAGUGAAUCUGAUUGGCUGUCUAGCUUGGUUGAUUGGAGGAGGUGGAGCUGUCAACUUUGGACUGGCCUUUCUCUGGCUGAUUCUGUUCACGCCAUGCUCUUAUGUUUGCUGGUUUAGACCAAUCUACAAGGCCUUCAAGUCAGAUAGUUCAUUCAAUUUUAUGGCAUUCUUCUUCACGUUCAUGGCCCAGCUGGUAAUCAGCAUUAUUCAAGCAGUGGGAAUCCCUGGCUGGGGAGUCUGUGGCUGGAUAGCUACAAUUACCUUCUUUGGGACAAACGUUGGCUCAGCGGUUGUGAUGCUGAUCCCAACUGUGAUGUUCACAGCAGUAUCUGUACUAUCUUUCAUCGCUCUGACUAAGAUACUAGCACUUAGAAAACGUUCUGUCUGUGUAAAGAUGGGGUCAAGACCCAGAAUAUUAUUUUAUGAGGAACGUUGCAGCACUUUGAGCACAGCUACAUUUAAGUAAAAGAAAUGCUGUUUUCAUUGUACAAUAAGAGUGAGUAAUGGUUGAAUAAACACUGAACACUGAUGGCUUACAAAGCUGAAAUUCCUACACAUUUGUUUCACAAGUUAUGAAGCCCAUAGUAUGUUUCACAGUAAAAUUAUUUUUAGAGUUGUUUCAUUGUCUUGAAAAUUUGGUGUAAAUAGUUGAAGUUUUGGAACACUGUUCUAACUGCUGCUUGAUUAUAUGCAGAAAUCCUUGCCUAAAAAUAUGGACUGCCCCCAUUAAUCUACAUCAUAAUGAGUUCAGGUGCUUCAUUUCACCCUAGGCCUAGUUGUACUGUGCAAUCAAAAAUUAAUGCAAUUUUUCUCAUUGUUAUCCCUUAACUAUAGGGGAUUUACAUUGCUACAGAAUCUGCAUCUAUAAUCACAUAUGAGGUAUUUGCUUGGAUGAAAUGAUUUGUUUGUAUGAAGCAAUUUAUCUAACACUGGGACCAAUUGACAGUCGCCUUCUGGCACCUCAAUAUCUUGCAAGUAAACAGGAGCUAUUGGCUAACUCAGACUUGUAGAGAAGAAAUAUUUUUGUGUUUUUCUCAUCAAAUAAUUGGGUUUGCUACUUGAAUUUAUAAUUGACUGUAAAGCGCACAUUAGUUUGAGUUUUUUAGUAUUUAAAAGUAAUGAUAGGGGGGAUUUGGUCUAGGUGCUGAUAGUAACUAUUUUUCACCAUAGUGGAAGGAUGCCUAGAGCCAAGAAUAUUUUUAUUCAGCACCACUUUAAGCUGCCUGAUUCCAGCUGCACUGAGGUAAAAUUUCUUGAAUCUGUACUGGCGACAAGAUACCUCACCCAUUGCCUGUGGGUAUCAAAAAAAUCACCAGCAUGUUAGCUGAAUAUUUUCCCACCACAGAACUGUAUAAACGAAUGAAUAAAUGGAGCUGCAAUUAUCCGAUUUGAAUGGAUUGGAUACCUCACUGCUGGCCUGGACUCUGAAGAUUCAGUCAAGCAAGUUGCCCCUGUGCUGAUACAGUAUUUAUUUUCUUUCCUUACACGCAAAGUAUGUUGGAAUGUACCCUGAUUUCAAUUGUCCUGCUUUGUGAUACUAUUUUUGUUUCAUGAAGAAGCUAUGACAAUGAAAUAGGUUUAUGUUGACAUUUUAUUAAUCCAUUCCUAUGCAUUUUAAUAGGUGAUUUAAUAUAAAAACUGACACUCCUGGCAGCUUGAUGCAGGAUAGUGCUACCAAUAUAUUGUGGGUAUGUAGCAUCAAUUACAGUUCUUGUGUUUUUAAAACAUCCUUUAAGGAAAUGCAAUCGCACGAUUGUUCUCUCUAUUUUUUUUAAUUCAUUUUUAAUGUGCCCAGCUGCCUGGUGCUGUUUAUUUGCAGUGAUCUAAUUCACUUUUUUUUUGCUGCAUGUUUCCUGCUUCAAGUGCUACGCAGAUGUGAACCUUCAGGAACUCAGCAAUAGCUUUUUUUUUCCUUGCUCAUAGUUAGUUUAAUCUAUUUAAAUUCUUCAAGCCUAAUUGUAAGUUUGAGUCCAAGAAAGUUUCUUUUUGUAGCAGGGGUCCCAGCACAGUGUCUGUCACAAAAUGGGAACGAUGACAUUGGUGGAGCUGUUUACAAUUUUUUUUUUUGGUAAACCAGUUUAGAUCGAGCAACUAACUUGCCUGAUAAAAUCCCCCCUCAUUUCACCCAGGAGCAUUUUUAAUGGCUCUUGCUUUUGCUUUCAAGUCCAAUUGCAGUAGUUUUUUUUUAAGAUGAACAUUGCAUUGUUAAAGAGUCUAAACUUGUUAUUGUGAAGGCUGUUUUUGAAGGUACCAAUUUCAAUUGAUUUUGAAAGCCAGGACCCAGGAAUGUGUCCCUCAUGCUGCUUAUUAAAUAAUACAUAUUUAUUAAAACCUCAAUUUGAGAAAUUGAACUCUAAAUAUGGUUAAUCCCAGGCAGAGGGCUGUGUUAGAGUAAAUAAACUUAGGAAAUCAUGACAGAAAAUGAAAAAUGUAUCCAUUAUGUUUAAAAGAAACACUUUUGAGAAAUUAGAGCUGCCAUGGGUACAGUUCCGGUGAAUAACGUUGACCAUUUAUCUGUACCAUGUUUCAUCAUCCAAAAGCACUUGAAAAUAUGUAAAUAUAAAAAGUAACAUGAUCUUAACGACGCUUCAUUGAGACUUUGUGUGCUGAGGUUAUAUGGAAAUUUGUAUCUCUAAUGGUGGCUUUUGGAGUUUAAUUUGGUGAUACAGUUGAGGCAUUAAUUCAGUAUUGAUAUCCAGUAUCUUAAUUAUGAAUAAUAAUUUGAAACAGCUUUGUGGGCCUAUGUUAUGUUUCUUCUAAGUCCUUAGCUUAUGCAAAAACAUUAAUACAUGUCCCUAUUAACCACAGCACUGCUGUUUUGAUCACUUGGAGGUUCACUGUUUGGCUCCCAAAUUACACUCAAUCUAACUGCACAGUGUGACUUGUUAACAGAUCUCUACUGCUUUAGAAAAGAGCAUUUCUACAAAAACAGCUAAAGAAUUGUCACUGUAUGUGUGUUAUUUAAUAGCUACUGUGCUAAUACAUAUGCUCUAUAGAAAGUAUUGUCUGUAUUGUUUUAUCACUUUUUACAGUACAAUAAUUCUUCAAAAUUGAGUAUCUACCUUUUUUUCCUAUUGAGAAAUUAUAUCACUGUCAUUCCAGUACAUCUCAAUGUGUCAAUGUCAUUCUGGAAAAAUAAAAUGGUAAAACCCAAUUUUUUUCAUCUUUUUCUGCCUUUUUGAAGUUGUGUUGCAAAUUCUUAUUCCCAUCUCACCAGAAUAAUAUGACUCCAUCAAUAGAGGUACAUACACCC